CUUUAGAAAAGUGGAGCACAUUCCAAAGUAUUUUCCUUCGGUGGGCUUAUUCAUAGAUAGAGGAAUAGAUUAUAGAUCAGGAACAGGAAGGCAGUGUGAGUAGCCAUGGCAGUAGAAAAUGCUCUUUGCAUGAAUGGGGGAGAUGGAGAAUCUAGCUACGCCAAUAACUCACUCCUUCAGAAAAAAGUAAUAUUGGAGUCGAGGUCCUUCCUAGUGGACACCAUUAAAGACAUGUUAAAGAUCAGAAUUCCCACUUGUUUCAAAGUGGCUGACUUGGGUUGCUCUUCAGGACCCAACACCCUCUUGGUGAUCUCUGAAAUUAUUGACACCAUCCAUGAAAUGUGCCAGCAAACAAAUACCGAAUCACCUGAGUUUCUAGUGUUACUAAAUGAUCUCCCAGAAAAUGACUUCAAUGCAAUUUUCAAAACUCUACCAGCUUUCCAUGAGAGGCUUAAGAAAGACAAGGGAGACAAGUUGGGGCCUUGUUUUAUUUCUGGAACACCUGGUUCCUUCUAUGGGAGGCUCUUUCCAAGCCAGUGUCUACAUCUUGUACAUUCUUCUUAUAGUCUUCAUUGGCUUUCACAGGUGCCAAGAGGGGUUGUGAAUAACAAAGGUAACAUAUACAUCGCAAAAUCGAGCCCUCCCAACGUAUUCAAAGCCUACAUGGACCAAUUUCAUACAGAUUUCUCAAUGUUUCUAUGUUCACGCUCUAAGGAAAUAUUGCCUGGAGGACGUAUGAUUCUUACCUUCAUUGGAAGGAGCAAUGUAGAUCCCAACACAAAUUGUUGUUACGACCUUUGGGAGCUUCUGGCAAAAUCACUUCUUGACAUGGUCCCUGAGGGCCUUGUUAAGGAGAAGGAUGUAGAUUCGUUCAAUUUGCCAUAUUAUGAACCUUGCAUGGAAGAAGUAAAGGCAAUCAUUGAAGACGAGGGGUCUUUCAAUGUAGAUAGGCUUCAAAUGUUUGAAUUCAAUGACCCCAAUGGUGACAUUGAUAACAAGUAUCAGAGUGCACAAAGUAUGGCAAAUGGUUUAAGAGCUGUAACAGAAGCAAUGCUGGCUAGUCAUUUUGGAGAGACCAUAAUUGACAAUUUAUUUGCCAAGUUUGCAAAGCAUAUGGCGGAGGAAUUUUGCCAGGAGAUGACAAGGUACAUCAGUAUAGUCACUUGCAUGACCAAGAAGUAAGUAAAUUAUUAUGAAGAUAUGCAUGGAAAUUUAGUAAUUGCUGAUAAAGUUCUAUGAUUACAUGGUUGAUAAAGUUGCCUCUCUCUAGUAUGAAGUCUCCAUGAACAAUGCUUAUACUUAUUAUCUCUAUCAUUUGUAUUCAUGAAGGAUGAUUUGCAACAACAAUAAAAGUUGUUUAU